AACUCUUUACAAAAUUCAGUUGCAUAAAUUAACAUAGUAAUAGAGACAAUUCUAAUAACUAAAGAAAAUGGCUGCUAGUGGUAACGGUGACGCCUCUUCAAUCCAAGUUAACCUAGAACCUGAGAAACAAUCUCUCCUCAAUCAGCACAAGGAACGCCACUUCACCGCCGGCGAAAUUGUCCGCGACAUCAUCAUCGGAGUAUCUGAUGGCCUCACCGUUCCCUUCGCUCUCGCCGCCGGUUUAUCAGGCGCCAAUGCCACCUCCGCGAUCAUUCUCACCGCCGGAGUAGCUGAAGUCGCCGCCGGUGCUAUUUCCAUGGGACUCGGAGGGUAUUUAGCUGCUAAAAGUGAAGCGGAUCAUUACGCGAGAGAAUUAAAGAGAGAAGAAGAAGAGAUUGUGGCGGUUCCUGAAACAGAAGCUGCUGAGGUUGCAGAAGUAUUAGCACAGUAUGGAAUAGAACCGCAUGAAUAUGCACCGGUUGUUAAUGCUCUUCGGAAAAAUCCUCAGGCUUGGCUUGAUUUCAUGAUGAAGUUUGAACUGGGAUUGGAGAAACCAGACCCCAGAAGAGCACUGCAUAGCGCCCUAACUAUUGCGAUUUCGUACAUUUUGGGAGGCAUAGUACCGCUCGUUCCAUACAUGUUCAUUCCGAGAGCUCAAGAGGCUGUGGUUGCAUCUGUCAUUUUAACCUUAAUAGCAUUGCUCAUUUUUGGGUAUGCUAAGGGAUACUUUACAGGUAGUAAACCCUUCAGGAGUGCAUUGCAAACUUGCUUUAUUGGAGCCAUUGCAUCGGCUGCUGCGUUUGGUAUGGCUAAGCUCAUCCAAGCAUAGUCUUCCUAGUUACUAUUAAGUAAGUACACAUGGUUUUUUGCUCAAGUUUAGAUGCCAAUGAUGUUCAGAUGUUAGAAAAAUUGCACUGGUUUUGAACAUUUUAAUUUGAUCGUAAAUUGACUGUUUUUUUUCA